CUCCUAUUGCUCUUUCUUGACCGACCAGACCAUUUGCGCUCACACCACCUCGCGCUCUGCUCACUCGCACUACUACUUUGCGAUCGCAGCGCACACGACACGACGAGACAAGCAGACCACGCCCAUCACUAGCCGCGACAAGACCCCGAUCACUCCCCUGCCGUCUCGGCCCAACGCCCGCCUCAUAUUCACUCCGCGCCCGUCCCGAGCCCGCCCCGUUCAGCACGCGCGUUCAGCACCAUCUUCGUUCCUCAACGCCCUCUUUCCAUCGUAGUUGUACUCCUCAGCCUCCUCCUUUGAAUCAUCCUCGCGCACCCCUCAACCUUUCAGCUGGUCUUCUUCUCACCUCACCUUUGCACCUCACCUCAGCCUCUUUACCGCCCCUCCUCUCGCCUCGCCCUCAUGGCGCCCGUGGACAAACACCCAACCUUCCAAAUCCGGCACCGCCGCCGAUCUUCCUCUGUCGCUGAUUCGACAGCCGCAGAUCUCGCGGCCCGUCGGCCGCGUCGGCUAAGCAGCGGGGCGCGCCGAGCCCCGCCUGGAGUACUGGAGAAAGCGUUGGAGCGUCCGCAGCUCGUAGUAGGGGCGGUGUGCGCGGGAGUGUUCCUUCUGGGUUGCGCCAUCGCCGUUGCGUGCGAUACCGCAGUCCCUACCUCUGAGCUGCACCACGUUCACAACCACGCGCCGCUCCGCGCAGCCUAUUUUGCGCGCAAGUCGAAUGCGAUCAACGUCCUCUUCGUCAAGCGCGCGUGGGCUUGGACAGCGGGCAUCUACCUCCUGCACCUCUCCACGUCUCCUGGCGCGCCAAAGGUCCCCUCCGCCGCCGCCUCAGUCGGCAGAGUCAACCCCGCACUGCACUCACUGCACACGGCGCCGCGGCGGUCGCGAGGCCAGCGCCUCGCAGCCCUUGUCCUCGCCUCGCUCGCGUGGAUCCUCUUCACGGCAUGGUGCUUUGGCGCGGGUCUCGGCGACCGGAUCAUCGCCAUGUCCGGCGGCACCUGUGCCAUUCCCCUUCCAAAGGGUAUCGACGUCGGCGCCCUCGAACACCUCCUCCCCGACGGACACACGACCAUGAUCCUCCACGCGCCCGACCAAGCCCCCGAGCACGUCUACCUGCCCCUGCAUGACGAGUUCUGCGGCACCACGCCGCUUGCGCCGCACACCCACCCGCGCCUCUUCGCGCUGCUCGACGGCCCGCUCCAGAGACCGCGGUGGAGCGGUGGCUUCGACAUCUCGGGCCACGCCUUCCUUCUCACCCUCGGCGCGAUCGUGCUCGCGGCAGAGGUCGCGCCGAGCUGGCGCGCGGCACUCGCCGAGCGCCGCGGGCAGAAGGCGCCUGUACGUGGGCCGCGGGGACUGGUACAUGCGUUCUCGACGGUCGCGGGCAGCGCUCUCAUUGGCCUCUGGGUGUGGAUGCUGCUUAUGACCGCGCUCUACUUCCACAACCUCAAGGAGAAGUUGGCUGGGCUGGGCCUCGGCCUCCUCGCCGCCGUCAUCGUCAACCUCUCGAUCCCCGGCCAGUCGGCGCCCGUCAUCGAGUUCAAAGUGCGCGGCGCUCCGCGCCGGCCACGCGCAUCGCCAAUGUCUCCUGCCGACGAGCACGCGCCCGUCUUCUCCCACUCUAGAUCCGAGAGCAGCGACGACGCACCCCCUCUCUCGCCCACGCCUGUCAGAUCUCCCGGGCCCACCGUUAGACGGCUCGACGCUGUCGCAGCGCUCGAGGACCAGGCGCAGAGAGUACCCAUCAUCCGUGAGCCGAUCCCGGAGAAGCUGCAUCAGGAGUAGGUUGGAAGCGGAUCUGGCGGACAGGCGGACGGACGGACGCUCUUGGCCAUUCUUGCUUCUCAUUGCGUCUUCAGAAGGUGAUUUAGUCCCCACUCCAUGGCACUGCCAACAUCCC